GUCCCCUCCAAGGUCCAAAAGAGCUGCGGUGCGGGUGCGGGUGCGGGUGCGCUUGCGGGCUGACAGAGCGUGGGAGCGACACUCAGUCACUUUCUCUCGACCCGAGUCCGCGCAAAAAAUAUCCUGACCAUCACCCUAUCUACCUGACCUUACCUGACCUUGGACUUAUUUACCUGGCCUUGCCUUGCUUUAGUCGCACCUCGACCUGCGCACCUCUUUUCUUUUCCCUUUGCUUCUCUCCCACCACCCUCACCGGGCCUCACCUUGCAAAUAAUAAUAUUUUCCCUUCUUUGUGACCAUCCUUCUUCUUGCCUUUACCUUACUUUAACCCCCACCUCUCCGUCCUUGACCUCCGCUGCGCCUGGCAAACCAUCGCAUACCUGGCUCCUGUACAUGCGCCUCUCCUCCUGAUGAUGCGACGUUGCGACAUACCCUCCUUUUCGCAACGAACCUCCCGCCAGCCUGGCUCCGCCUAAUACUCGACACCUGGCUACUUCCAGCCUUCGAUCACGAACCGAUGCCCGAGCUACGCGCAGCAGCUACCACCAGAUCAUAAUCGAGAGCACCUGGAGUCAUGUGGCGGAGAGCGUACCUAUUUCUGGUGCUGGUUAGACUGUGGUUCGCCCUGUCACCCAGCUACCUGCACCCCGACGAGAAUUUCCAGGGCCCAGAGGUCAUCGCAGGCCAAAUCUUUAGUUACCCGGUACGGCACACAUGGGAAUUUACAAAUGAGCACCCGAUACGAAGCGUCUUCCCCUUAUGGCCCGUCUACGGCCUGCCCAUGAUGUUGCUGAGAUGGCUGUGGAUCGGUAACGGCAAGGAUGGCGAGAUCCCCCCAAUCGCAGUCUUUUGGAUCCUUCGCGUCCUCAUGUUCGUCACCAGCUUCGUGCUGGAGGAUUGGGCCAUCCAUGAGCUCAUCAGCUCUCCACGACACCGUCGCGUUGCUGUGCUCCUGGUCGCCUCGUCCUAUGUCACAUGGACGUACCAGACGCACACGUUCUCCAACUCGGUGGAGUGUCUCGUUGUUGCUUGGUGCUUGGUCUUGAUUCAGCGCAUUGUCGAGAGCCCGCAACAAUCAUCGCUUCUUGCUUCUACGAUUCUCGGCAUAGUGGCCGUCUUUGGAUUGUUUAAUAGAAUUACUUUCCCGGCGUUCUUGUUGAUUCCGGGACUUCGCUUGAUACCCCAUUUUCUCAAUAGACCCAUGUCCUUCACCGUGAUGGUGUUGGCAGCUCUCACAACUACCUUGGUCGCCAUCACCCUGGAUACGGCAUUCUACCUCCCUGAACCCAUCAAAUGGGCAGACCUCAUCUCACGGCCAGUCAUCACGCCACUUAACAACCUCAUGUACAACAUCGACACAGACAACCUUGCGCAGCAUGGGUUGCACCCCUGGUACCAGCACCUACUGGUCAACAUUCCCAUGCUCAUCGGCCCCGCUGCGAUGUUGCUCUUCACUCAGCCAUACCUCUCAUUACGACUCUACUCGGCCAUCUCUGGUGUCUUCGUGCUGUCUAUCUUCCAGCACCAGGAAGCACGAUUCCUGCUGCCCACCGUCCCGCUCAUCCUCUCAUCAGUGCACCUUCCGAAGAAUCGGACUGUCGUUCGCGUGUGGAUCGGGGUGUGGCUUGCUUUCAACUUGAUCUUUGGUAUCCUCAUGGGUGUCUACCAUCAAGGCGGUAUCGUGCCGGGCCAGGUAUUCCUGAGCAAGCAGCCAGACGCGACGCAGGCCGUCUGGUGGAAGACCUAUACGCCACCCAUCUGGCUUCUUAACGGCAAGAAUGAGGUCCUCACGACGCGCGACGUGAUGGGUAUGAAGGGCGACAUACUCCUUGAGGAGCUGACCAAGUUGGCUACCUGCGACACGCCGGCGGAUCGACGCAACUCGGAGUAUUUGAAGGAGAAGAACGGGACAUAUCUGAUCGCACCAGCAUCAGCGACGUGGAUAGACCCCUACCUUCCCAACAAGGGACUGAAAGGCCUACGGUUCCGCGAGGUAUGGCGUUACAGGCAACACUUGAACCUAGACGAUCUUGACUUUGGUGACGACGGCAUCUGGAACACCCUAACGAGGGUGAUUGGCAGGCGUGGUCUCGUCGCCUGGCGUGUGACGAAGAGUUGCAAGUGAGUGUUGGCCGUGGAGGAGACUCAAAAGCAAUGAAUGAAAAGAUUUGAACGUUUUGAUGAUUGAAAAAGUAUUCGAUCCUUCGAAAGCAAAUGGUAUCGUGACUAUGUGAUGUGGUGGUCCUUCCUUUGUCCCUGUUUGUGACUAACACCCCAUAAAUUUCUCGAGCGCCGUACCGAUGGCGCCAAUUUUCCAUUUCAUUAUACAAGGCCUCUUUUUUUUUUUUUUUGUGAGAUCCUUUACGUUCGUUAGGGAGCUCCCUCGGUUCCGAUUCCAUCACAUCAUCUGUCUGCAAACAGAACCUAUAGCGCAUACCAAGCGCUUCGUUAGACGCUAGACCUCAUCGAGUUCGCCGGCAUUCAUCCAGGAAUAUGCCGACGACCACCUCAUCCACGCUGGGUCCGUUUGUGUCGUCUGUUGAGAAAGGGCUCAAGUACGAUGGUAAUGUACCAUAAGCCCCUGAAUAUCCUCAAGACGCAGAGCUGGACGGCGGACGAACACGGGACGAGGACAAUUGAUCACUUCCUCCCCCCUGCCCGCCCCCCCUCCUUACGGAGCAGCCUCAUCACGCCGCCACGCUCGUCUUAUUCACAUCCACAGCGAAAUACCAAUUUCCCGAAACGUUCAUCGUCCCCAGCUUACUCUUCAUCCAGCAGACGUGGUUGCCGUAGUAAUCGCCCCACCCGGCCCCGACGCAGUCGUCGCCCUUUGACGCGCAGAGGUCGAUGCAGGCGGCCAUGGUGGUUGCGUUUUCCGAGGUGAGGUCGGUGGCGCCGUCGGCCGAGUUGAAGUCGUGGCCGCAGAUCAUGCGGAAGGUGCGUUUGGGGGCGUCGGGGGAGCUGUAGGUUACGUUGUCUGCGGCGGGGCAGGUGAUUGUUGCGUUUGCGGUUGAUGUUGCUGGUGUUGUCGUUGAGUUGCUGGUUUGGGGUGUUAGUUUGGGUACGUUGUUUCUUAUUUGAAUACUAUGGAAUGAAACGGCAG